AUGGACCUCGAAGCCACGCUCGAUGCACUCCCCUUCCUCGACAACCAAGCGUGUGCCGCAAUUCGCGCAUUGCGACCCGCGGGGAAGUGUCUUGUGUUCAUCCAGGAGGCCGUGCCAGACUACGAGUGCCAUCGCGCCCCGCACGCCACCGCCAGCGCGACCACAAAGCUCAUCAUCGCCGCCGUCGGCCAUCCCUCCGGCCCUCCAAUCACGAGCUCGGAUACACGCCGAGCAUCCCACCACCUCCGCUUUGGUCACGGCGCCAACCACCGACAUCGCGGCCUCACUUCCUCCGCGGCCGCGUCCUGGAGCCAGAGCGGGCUCCCCGUCGUUUCCGUACCAGAACUGCUACAAUUGGCACGGGCGCGAUGCGCAGCUCUGCGUUCGUGCGCGAGCCGGACCGAGCGGAGCUGGGGGCGGUCGGGGGCGGAGCAACGGGAGUGGCGGUUGAGCGUGGAGGAGUACGUGGAGAUGCAGAUGGGCUUCGCUGGGGAUUGCGCGCGCGUGCGCGCCGCGAAGGCGCGGUCGCGCGCGCACACGCUGCAGGCCGCGCUGGCGAAGUACCACUUGGCCAGCGGGGCGCGGACGAUGGGCGGCCUCGAGGACGAGGAACUGGAGCGUCUGUGGGUGGAAGCGGACAUCCGCUACGGCCACGGGGACGAAGAGCAGGAGAACGCGUGGCACGCGGCGGGCUGGCAGACCAUCGGCGCAGGUGCCCGCGCGCUCUCGGGAAGCCCUUCCACCUCGGAGGACACCCACGUUGGGUCGCGUGGUGCCGCGCUCGACUCUGGGCGCACUACCGCCGUCGGGACCCCGACAUUCAAAUUCGACAAGGCUUCUUCCUCUGGCGCGGAUGCCGACGCCGACGCCGACGCGAACGUACACGCUGACGUCGACUAUGCCGCCGUACGACUCCGUCUACACCCGCUCGGUCGCGGUAUCGAUGGCGCUGUCCGGCAUCUCCGGCAUCUCGCGGAAUUCCGGCCUCUCAAGCUUUUCCGGCCUCUCGGGCGCGACGUCGAUGUCGAGGCGGUUCCCGACGAUCGCGACGAUGCCCAGCAUCCUCGGCGCGCACUCGGACGACUGCGAGCCGGUCGUCACCUGUGGCUCGAUUUGCCCGCGCACUUUGCGCGGGACGAGGACGUGCCGAGCCCGGUCGAGUUCUUGCGGUACUGCAGGGAUAUUCAGAGGAUCGUGAAGGACUGCAAGCGAGGCAGUCCGCGGCACGGGGGCCCAGCGUGCUCGCCGCCACCACGGCCGCCUUCGCACCGCCAUGUCCGGUCACGGUCCUACUCGGUGCAGGAGGCGCCGCGGGGCCGCGGCCUCGCGGUUGGCGACCUGACGCGUUCCUCGUCCACGGCGCGGAGGGCGCUGAGCUCGUGCUCUGCAACCUCGUGUGACUGA